AUGAACCAAGAGCUGAAGAAAAAGACAAAGGUGUGUGGACGCAGAGGCCUCAGUAGAAGAGUAACCAGUGGGACUAAGACAAGCACAGCCAAGGCAAAGCCCACCCAGAAGGCAGAAAUGGGUCCUCUCAAUGCCACAUGGGACUUACCUAAUGAAGAUGUGUGCUGUGAGACUCGCUUUCAGGAUGCAGACGAUUCCUUCUCUGAUUGUUACAUAGAAUGCAUCAUAAAAGGGGAGUUUUCUCAACCCCUCCUGGAAGAGGACUCACUUCUUAAGGCCCUUGACUCCCUGAAAGAGGGAGCAGAACAAGAGCUAUCUCAACAGAUUCUUGCAGCAAGCUCAUUUCUUGAAUAUCCUUUGCAAUAUAAUAAAAACGAGGCAAAACAAGAACAAUUUCAACCAAUUAUUGGAAAGGAGUUGUUUCCUGAGUAUACUAAAUGCAUCACAGACCAGAAGCUUCCUCCUGGAGGAAAACCGAGUAUAGGAUUACCAGCUCCUAAACAGCUUACAGAAUCUGCUAGGGGGAUGCCAAGUAAAAGUAAAGCAUGUGAUGUUCCAAAAAAUAUUGCUUGUCCUCACCUUGGAUGUACAAGAGUGUUGCCAAAUAAAGCUUCUCUGAGAAAACAUCUCCUUAUUCAUGGACCCCGAGAUCACGUCUGCGCUGAAUGUGGGAAAGCAUUCACUGAGAGCUCAAAACUAAAAAGGCAUUUUCUGGUUCAUACUGGAGAGAAGCCAUUUCGUUGUACCUUUGAAGGGUGCGGAAAACGCUUUUCCUUGGAUUUCAACUUGCGUACACACGUGCGCAUCCACACUGGCGAGAAACGUUUUGCUUGUCCCUUUGAAGGAUGUAACAAGAAGUUUAUUCAGUCCAAUAACAUGAAAGCUCACGCCUUAACUCAUGCAAAAACCAAGAAACAGUGCAAGUGA